ACUGCCUCGCGGGACUUUUUCUUCCAGUUCCAUCACCUGACGGACAUACCGGACUCCUGCAGGUUAUCCAGCAACUUCAGCAGAUCCUGUACAUUAUGGAAUUCUUGUUUGAGUUCCUGUUUACCCCGCUGUCCACUUCAGGACUGGUGUUUCUGUUUAGUCUCGCAGCUGUAGCUCUGGUCCAUCUCAACACCAGGCCAAAACCACUGCAGCCACCCACAGACCUCAACCGACAGACUGUGGGUGUAGCGGGUGGUGCUAGAAAAACAACACUCUUGAAAGAUGACAACUUGAUCUCGUACUUAUAUGAGGAUGCCAAAACUCUAUAUGAUGUUUUUCAAAGAGGACUACGUGUCUCAGGAAAUGGACCGUGCUUGGGGUACAGGAAGAAGGGACAACUUUAUCAAUGGCUUAAAUACAAACAGGUUUCAGACAGAGCUGAAUUCUUGGGGUCCGGAAUUAUCCAUCGCGGUCAGAAGCCAUCGCAAGAUUCAUUUAUUGGUAUCUUCGCCCAGAACCGGCCAGAGUGGAUUAUCGCUGAACUGGCCUGCUAUACCUAUUCCAUGGUGGCAGUGCCUCUUUACGACACCUUGGGACCUGAGGCUCUUGUGUUCAUCAUUAAUCGAGCAAAGAUAUCCACAGUGAUAUGUGAUAAGCAGGAUAAGGCAGAAACGCUGCUGGAUAACUGUGAGAAAAACCUCACACCUGUCUUGAAAACCAUCAUUCUCAUGGACCCCUAUGAUUCUGCAUUGAUUGAUAGAGGCUCUAAGAGUGGUGUGGAAAUCCUGUCCCUGAAAGAUGUAGAGGCCUUGGGAAAGAACAACCAUCACAGGCCUGUUCCACCAAAACCAGAGGACCUAAGUAUUAUUUGCUUUACCAGUGGAACCACAGGGGAUCCAAAGGGAGCCAUGCUGACCCAUGAAAAUGUGGUUGCAGAUGCAGCCGGCGUGGUUAAGACCUUUGAGAGCGUCUUUGUGCCCGUUCCAUCCGACGUGUCCAUCUCGUUUUUGCCGCUGGCGCACAUGUUUGAAAGAGUUGUACAGACAGUGCUGUACAGUGUCGGGGGAAGAGUCGGGUUUUUCCAAGGUGAUAUCAGACUUCUUCCAGACGACAUGAAAGCCCUGCAGCCUACUGUAUUCCCAGUGGUUCCUCGUCUUCUGAAUCGUGUUUACGACAAGGUUCAUAGUGGAGCUCAGACUCCAUUUAAGAAAUGGCUUCUGAACUUUGCCAUUGAGAAGAAAUGUGCAGAGGUCAAGCAGGGCAUUAUCAGGAAUGACAGCAUAUGGGACAAACUUAUCUUUCACAAAGUGCAGGAAUCUCUGGGGGGCCGCGUGAGGGUGAUGGUGACGGGGGCUGCUCCCAUUUCUCCAACUGUGCUCACUUUUCUCCGGGCAAGCCUCGGGUGCCAGAUAUUCGAGGCAUAUGGCCAAACAGAGUGCACUGCGGCCUGCUCUUUCACCAUACCGGGAGACUGGCAUACUAGUCAUGUUGGAGUUCCUAUUCCAUGUAAUAUUGUCAAACUUGUUGAUGUGGAGGAAAUGAAUUACUUUGCAUCCAACGGUGAAGGAGAGGUUUGUGUCAAAGGGAAGAAUGUGUUUUGUGGAUAUCUCAAUGACCCAGAAAAGACAGCAGAGGCUUUGGACAAAGAUGGAUGGCUGCACACUGGAGAUAUCGGCAAAUGGCUGCCUAGUGGAGUGCUGAAGAUCAUCGACAGGAAGAAAAACAUCUUCAAACUGGCUCAAGGUGAAUACAUUGCACCAGAAAAGAUUGAAAACGUUUACAUUCGGAGCUCUCCAGUCGCCCAAGUGUUUGUGCAUGGUGACAGUUUACAGUUCUCUUUGGUGGCCAUAGUGGUGCCAGACCCUGAAGUAUUGCCAGGUUUUGCAGAAAUACUGGGAGUGAAAGGUUCACUAGAGGAGCUUUGUAAAAACCAGGAAAUAAAGAAAGCAAUCAUCUCUGACCUCAACAAGCUGGGGCGUGCAGCAGGGCUGAAGUCAUUUGAACAAGUAAAAGACCUGUUCCUGCAUCCCGACAUGUUCACUAUAGAAAACGGUCUCCUCACUCCAACACUGAAAGCCAAACGGGCAGAUCUCACUAAAUUCUUUAAAGUUCAGAUCGAGAGUCUUUAUGCUAACAUGUAGUGCAUUAAAAGAAUGCUGAGGAUAGCCUGCAUUGUGACCAUGUAUUUAUGAGUGCUGUUUGUGUUGUGAUGUUUUUCUAUAUUUGCUCAAAGAUUAAAUAUUUUGUAAGCACUGUAUCAGCCUUAAAUGCAUGUAUUAAUCUGUGCCCAAGAGACUCUCAUUGUCAGUCAAAAAGACAUAUGCUUCGUCUGGAUAUAUUAUUAUAAAACACAUGUACGAACAGCCUUAAAAGAUUUAAUGAAUACCAAAGAAUGUUACAUUUUUUUUUUCCAAGGACGAAAAUGUGAAACAUUAAUGUCAAUGUCAAUACAUCAAUUAAAUAAACAAUUAUAUUUACAUAUAGGUGCUCUGUGGAGUAGAAACUAAUUUUGUGGUUUGUUUUCCAUUAAAAAUACGAAGAAAAUAUAAUUACGAAAUUACUAUACAGAUCACGGUUGUUUAUUUGUCUCUGAAAACUUCAGCGAGGUUGACAUCAGUUUUACAAAAAAGUAAGCCAUCA